UGGUAUUUGAUUUUGUAAGAAAUGAAAUGAAAAUAUGAAAUUCUUUUCUUCUACGACUCGGCAGCGAAUUCCAUCAUCGGAGGAGGAAGCAGCCGAGGCCGAGCGAGAGGCAGUUGUUGAAUUGGAGCAGAAACGAAGCCGUAGAGUGGGUUUAGCGUUUUUCGAGUUGAAGAUUCUUUGCACUAGGAUAAUGGUGGCAGCAAUGGGGUGCUUUUUCAACUGUUUUGGCGUUAAUAAAGAUUCUAGCCCUAGCUCCGGCUCUAAUCUUGAGGAUUCCUCUUCUUCUGCCACUACUCCAGCUGUGAAAGUUGGUUCAGUGACUCGAAAUCGGAGUCCAUUAUCCUCAUUACUACUGGCGGAAGAAGAUAAGGAUGGCACACCAUGUAAGUUGAAGGAAGAACAAGAAUUGGGAACACCAAAGCCUGAAAUUGGAUUGAAUUUGAAAGAGCUCAAGGAUGAGGCCAAGUUCCUCAAGGCUUGUGGAACAUUACCUGAAACUCCUGUGGAAAUUCGCCAAGCUUCGGAGAAGUGGAAGGAUUUAUCAGCUCAGAAGGGAGACCAUGAGCAUUCAAAAUUCAGAUCAUGGCUCACCAACACAUCUGCUGAAAAACUUAAUUUGGAAAUGAAUUCUGACCAGCCUUUAACACCGACUAAACAUUGUGAACGGUGGAUGAAGCUUUCAGACUCAUUGGAUCAUACACCCAGCAGUUGCUUGACUGAAGGGCUAAAUGCCGGCAGAGUCUCUAAUAGCUCAGUUGAAGGCAAUGAGACCAAGAAUGCUGGAUCCGUCGAACUUAUUGCUAGUCCGUCUCAUAGCCUUACAGGUUCAUCAGUUCCCAAGGAUAUCACUCCAAUUAUAAUAGGCAAGAACAAGUCUGUUCGGUUCGAUUGUGAUUCUGAUACUUCCUCAGUUACAACAAAAAGCUGUCCAUCUGAAACAUCUAGUCAGAGCUUGAAGCAAUCUGGAUCAUCAAGCAAUUUGAGCAUUGCAAAAUUUUCCCCUUAUCCAACCCCAUUAAAGCUGUCUGAUGAGAUGCAAACACCUGGAACAGUUUUCCCGGCGUAUCUAGAUGUUAUGGGACAGGGGAAAAAUACUCGUAUCAGGUCUCAAUAUGUCUAUUCUGUCUUAAAUCCUGCUGAGAAUAUGUCUCAGUGGAAAGACUUGAAGAAUGAAGAUGCUAAUGAUUAUCAAAGCAGUCACAGUAGACAAUCUUGUCAAGAGAUUGAUCAGGAAACUUCAGCGUCAGAAGUAGGGACAGGCAGAACGUCAGUUGGACAAGAGUUGAAGGUAGAGGCUAGCUUGUCCUCUUGGCUUAGAGCAACUUUCCCAAAUCCUGACGGCCCAGUUGUGAAUAAUGGUUCCUCUACCAGUGAAAAAUCCCAGCGCGGCAGAACUCCUGGUGAUAGGCCCAUUCUUGGGAUGGUCGCUGCUCACUGGAAUGAUGAUGAACAUCAGGUUUCACCUAAAUGGUGGGAUGGGAAUGGAAUUCCCAAUUCAACAAACAAGUACAAAGAGGAUCAGAAAGUUAGUUGGCAUGCAACGCCAUUUGAGGAGAGAUUGGAAAAAGCAUUGUCUGAGGAGACUUUCAACUUGCAGAGGAAUCAAACCAGCGGGACACCACCACCUGAUUUUAAUGAGACUGAGGAAGAUGAUACUGCUCUCUCCCAAUUGCAGCCUUCAAACCAUUUCAAGUCUGUUGUCUCAUUUUGAUGUUCGGGAACACCAUGAAGUGUUUUGAGUCUGGUAGUUGUGCGACCAAUGUAAAUGUUUUCUCGGGAAUUUAUUAGUCUUUGUGAAUGGGAUCGCUUAUGAUUGAUGUUUGAACAACUUUUGAAAUACUAGAUUGUAAGCGCAUUUUUUGUUUAAUCAGUAUCAUUCGCUGGAUGAGCAUUUCUUGUUUA